UGAUCAAACUUUAUAGGAACAGGAUCAUUUCCCCUGCUCUUUUAAAAUUAAAUUUAAUUAGAAUCUAGGACUUUAGGAAAGGACCCUAAAAAAGUAAAUGUAACUGAAUUGGGGGAGGGAUGAUAGGAGAACACAUAAAUAAGAACAUGAGCUUGAAGGGAAAGCCUUUGGUUGGAUAAGGAGAGCUGCAGAGAUAGGACAGAGAAAAUCUUAGAACUAGACAGUGAAGAACUAUAGAGCUAUUAUGGCAGUACUCUUCACUGAAAAAGACCUCUAUGCUCAGCAUUUUGACCCCAAAAAACACCUGGAAAUGUAUUUUACCUUUCAUCCUGAGAAAGAAGACAUAAAUGUCCUUAUAGGUUUUGCUCUCAAAAAUCUUCACAAGGCAUUCCAUUUGGGUGGCAUUAAAGGAGACACCCUGAUUGAUAUUGAAAGUGGACACACCAUCUACCAGUUCCUCUCUGCCUGUGAAUGCUUUCGAGAGAUCAUCGCCACAGGUUAUAUGGAUGGGAUCCGGGAGGAACUGCAGCAAUGGCUGAGGAAGGAGCCGGGAGUUUUCAACUGGGGUUCAGUAGGGAAGUACGUCUGCGAGUUGGAAGGGGACAGAGAAAAGUGGGUCCAAAAGGAAGAGAAGGUCCGAAAAGCCAUCAAGCGAGUCCUGAAAUGUGAUGUGACCCAGCCCAACCCAUUGGCCCCUCUGUCUCUCCCUCCAGCUGACUGCGUGCUCUCCACGUUGUUCCUGGAAGUGGCUUGCCCAGACUUGCCCACCUACCGCUCUGCUCUGAAGAACAUCAGCUCCCUCGUAAAACCUGGGGGGCACCUGGUCUUAUUUGUUGCCCUGGAAGCAAAUUUUUACAUGGUUGGCCUGCAGCGGUUCUCUUGCCUCUUCUUAGAUCAGAAAUGUGUAGAAGAAGCCGUGAAAGGGGCUGGCUUUGAUAUUGAGUGGCUGGAAGGGACCAAGGUCAUCUUUCCACCAGCUUUGUCUGAUGUUAAGGGAGCAUGUGUGCUGGUUGCCAGAAAACGCUGAAGCAGGUGUGGUGGCAGGGAUAAAUGGCUAGUACAUCACAAGUGCUGAUUUCCCUUUUUAUUGUUAUGCUUACACAAUCCUCCCUUCCUUAAGAGGGAAGAAGUUGGUUGUUGUGGGUUUUCCGGGCUGUAUUGCCGUAGUCUUGGCAUUGU